CAUUUACUCCUUCUUUUCUUUCUUAUAUUAAGUUGUGUGCUACUCAAGAGCAUCAUCAUUUUAAUGAAUUUUUGGCUCUGAUUCUUCAUCUGAGCAAAUUCAUUUAAAGUUCUUAGGAUUUAAAGUCUCUACAAAUGGACAAGCUUGAUGUCUUCAGGAGGGAUCUUGUGGAUGUUCAAGGCAUCCCUCUCUUUUGGAGCAUUGCUGAGGAGUGGUCCCAAGUGGAGUCAUUUGAGGCUCGACCUGAUGAUCUUUUGAUCUCCACCUAUCCCAAAUCUGGAACAACUUGGACCAGUGAAAUACUGGAUUUGAUCUAUAACAAUGGGGAUGUAGAGAAAUGUAAACGGGAUGCAAUCUACAAACGAGUACCCUUCAUGGAGCUUAUAGUUCCCGGAUUAUCAAGCGGGGUUGAACUGUUGAGAAACAUGCAGUCUCCUCGACUAGUGAAAACACAUCUGCCUGCUCAGCUUCUUCCUUCCUCAUUUUGGAAAAAUGACUGCAAGAUGAUCUAUGUGGCACGGAAUGCAAAGGAUGUGGCUGUUUCUUACUAUUAUUUCUACCAAAUGGCAAAAUUGCACCCAGACCCUGGCACCUGGGAAGAGUUCCUUGAUAAAUUCAUGGCUGGGCAAGUGAGUUUUGGUCCCUGGUAUGAUCAUGUGAAGGGCUGGUGGGAGAAAAGAAAAGAUUACCGUAUCCUUUAUCUAUUUUAUGAAGAUAUGAAAGAAGAUCCAAAGAGUGAAAUUAAAAAAAUAUUAAAGUUUCUAGAGAAAGACAUACCAGAAGAAACUGUAAAUAAAAUCCUCUACCAUAGUUCUUUCGAUGUGAUGAAGGAGAAUCCUAAUGCAAAUUACACCACUAUGAAGAAAGAGGAGAUGGACCAUUCUGUGUCUCCUUUUAUGAGAAAGGGCAUUUCUGGUGACUGGAAGAAUCAGUUCACUGUAGCCCAGUAUGAGAAAUUUGAAGAAGAUUAUGUGAAGAAAAUGAAAGGUUCAACACUUAAGUUCAGAUCAGAGAUCUAAGGAAUAUUUGUUUCUUCUCAAUCCCGUUUGGCUGGCACUAAAAUUAGAGAAAAAAGCACAUUCAUGGUUCAGUGAAAUAAAAUUUGGUAUAUGAGUUUUCUAUAUUUACUGACUCAUGAUUUACAAACCUAAAAACAGCAGGUAAUAAUUUGCUUCUAAAUCUCUUCCUUGCAGUAAUAGGUUCACACAGUAGUGUCCUCUUUACUUCCUGUUAUGAAAAGGGCACAAUUUUAAGAGCAUUUAUAACACAAUAUGGUCCUAGUUUCAGCUUUCUGUCCCUCUGUAUAUGGUCUUCAUUUUCUCAGGACAUAGGUUUCUGAAUGAUGUUUGUAUCCAUGAUUAGAUUACCCUUUAGAGAAAGAUUUCAUUUCAUUAACUCUAAUUCAACUUAAUCUGCUGUUAUUUUACAUCUAAAAACACCAUGUUUUUAACAUUGACAAGUUAUUCAAAUUCAUUAUGUCAGAAUAUCCCAUUUACCCCUAUGGCUAGUUUAGGAAUAUUAUAUUAUAAAUGAAUGAAUCAAUAGCACAUAAUUUAUGAAAUUCAAAGUAAAGAUCUAAUUAUUUCUAAUCUUCAUGUCAGAUAUUGAAGGUAUUGUGAAAUUUAUUUGCUGAAAAUGUGAGGUUUGUUCAAAAUUUUCCAAAUCACUAUUCUAAU